AUGUCUUACACAAAUGAAACUAAUUUACAAUUUUCAUUUACAUUUUAUUAUUAUGUAUAUUAUCUUGGUAAUUGUGAAGAUAUUAUUAAUCCAAAUAAAUAUAAUAAACCAAUGUCAUUACCAGAGAAAUGGCAACAAUUACCUAUAUUAUGUUUAACAUUUAUUGCUUUUUUAAUGAAUGCUAUUACAUUAUUUAUAUUUAUAUUUGGUGAAUUCACUAUUAAUCAUUUAUCUUCAAUGAAUGAACCAAAAUCAAAAGCUACAUCAUCAAUAUUAUCAAAGAAUAAAUCAAAAUUACAUAGUAGAUCAAGAAGUUCCUUUUUAACAAGUCUUAUCAUUCUAAGUAUCUUUGAAGUGAUCUUUAAUUUAUUUACAUUUUUAUUUAAAUUAAUUGAAAUUUUUUCACCAAAUUUUAUUUAUCAAAUCCCAUUAGAUCCAAAGAAUCAUAUACCACCAGAUAUGAAAUUAUUGAUUAUACCUGUAAUACAAAAUAUUAUUAUGUUUAUUGCUGAUAUUGGUUUAAUGUGUAGAAAUUGGUGUAUAUGUUUAAUAACUAUAGCACGUGCUGAAGUUGUAAUAUGGCCAUUAGGUUCAAAAUUAUGUCAACGUAUUUUAAGGAAUCCGCGUAGAUUCAAAUUGAUCUUUAUGAUAUUUUUUAUGAUUUCAAUGAUCAUCUCUGCAUUUAAACAUACAGAUUAUAUUGGUCAAUUAUGUUAUGAUCAACAAUAUAAAAAAUAUAGUUUAUGGUCAGAAGAAUAUUUUUGGAGUUAUGAAAAUUUUUCAAAAUAUAUGACAUUUAUUGUAUUACCAUAUCAAGCGGUAAUACCAUGGUUUAUUAUAACUAUAUUUACUAUACUUAUAUUAUUUCGAUUGAAACCAUGGAAACAUGAUAAAAAUUUAAUAUUAUUUUGUGAUAAUACAAAAUCAUUAGAUGAUAUACCUGAUAUACAAGGAUCACAACCACCACCACCACAACAACAACAACAACUCCAAGAACAACAACAACGCCAACAACAAUGUUGUAUACAACAAGAUGCUUUAAAAAAACGUCAACAAGGUCAAAUGAAAGCAACACGAAUAGUAUUAUGUGUUGCUAUUAUAUUUGGUUUAUUAGAAUGUAUGAAUUUUAUUAUAUCUAUAUGUCAAACAAUUAAAAUUUUACCUAAUAAUUAUAUAAGUCGUAUAUUAGAAACUAUUGGUAAUACAUUAAUUGUCAUUGAUUCAAUAUGUAAUUUCUUUGUAUUUAUAACAAUGAUGUUAUAUUUUCGUCAAUUAUUUACCAAAAUAUUUCUAUGUAAAGAAUUUAUUAAUCAUAAUAAUAAUAAUACUACUACUAGUAGUUGUAGUAGUAGUAAUGUAUCACAAAAGAAUACAUCAUAUACAUCUAUUAAUUAA